AUGGCCAGAAGCUACCAGGCCUUGCUCCUCUUGGUGGUUACUGUGGUCCUUGUGUCCAGAGGUGUCCAAGGUUGGGGCUCAACAAAGGUGGUGAGGCCAUUUGAAGACAUCUCCAAGACUUAUGUCUAUGUGAAGCAGGCAGUCUGGUAUUCUAUGAAACAAUUUAACAAGGCCAGCAAAGACCAGUACAGCUUCAAGGUUGUGGACAUCCUGAGAUCCAAGGAGCAGAUCACAGAUAGUCUGGAGUACUACAUUGAAGUCAAAAUUGCCCGAACAAUGUGCAAGAAAAUUUCAGGAGAAAAUGAAGACUGCUUAAUUCAACAGGAUCCCAAGCUGAAAAAGACCAUGAUUUGCACUUUCAUUGUUAGAUCCAAACCAUGGAAUUUUGAUCUCAGUCUGCUGAAGAAACAGUGCGAAGAAAUAUAA